AUGAAAAAACGUAAAGAGCAUUAUUUGGAAUCACUCCUUCAACGUAACAACAAUCACAUAAAGGAGGAUUACUUGGAUUGUGUGAACAAGUUGGAAAAAAGAGCUCACAAGUAUUAUGCAAACCCAGUUGAUCACCUCGACAGUGAUGAAUUCGUGAAAAUGAUGCUAUAUGAUGCUUGCUUUGUUACUGAGUUUCUGCUUGAGACAUUCUUCCGAAACAUCAUUGCCUAUGAACAACAUUCCUCGGAUGACAAACCCAAAUAUUUUACUGAUUAUACGUAUUUCAUGGAUCAACUUAUCAACUGCAAAGAAGACGUGACCCAACUUCGUUGCCAUGAAGUUCUUGAAAACUGGCUAGGUGAUGACGAAGUGGUGGCACUUAUGUUCAACAACCUGGGUAAAGGAAGAAUCAUUUCAGAGCAGUUCUACUACGCUGAACAGUGCAGCAAAGUGAACGCUCAUUGCAAGAGAUGGUGGAACAAAGGAGUAGCUUCAUUGAAGCGUGAUUACUUCACAAAUAUAUGGGUCAUUGUUGCCACCAUAGCAGCUGCUUUUCUCCUCCUUUUCACUCUCACACAGACUGUCAUUGCUCUAAUUACAAUUAUUAGUUCACCCCCGACACUAAUCUGA